UAUUAAGCCUUUUAAUUUUGCAGGCAAAUUGGCCCAAGAACAUUGGUUUGGUCUGAGAAAGAGCAGGUGGAAAAGUCUGCUUACGAAUUUUCUGAGACUGAAUCUAUGCUUAAAAUUGCGGAAGAUCUGGGAGGACCGUAUGUAUGGGGGCAGUAUGACCUAUUAGUCCUGCCGCCGUCCUUCCCUUACGGCGGCAUGGAGAAUCCUUGCCUCACGUUCGUAACCCCCACUCUGCUGGCAGGAGACAAGUCACUCUCCAAUGUUAUUGCGCAUGAAAUAUCUCAUAGUUGGACAGGAAAUCUAGUGACCAACAAAACUUGGGACCACUUUUGGUUAAACGAAGGACAUACUGUGUACUUGGAACGCCACAUUUGUGGACGACUGUUUGGUGAAAAGUUCAGACAUUUUCACGCGCUGGGAGGAUGGGGAGAACUACAGAAUUCAAUAAAGACUUUUGGAGAUACGCAUCCUUACACCAAACUUGUGGUCGAUCUGACGAAUGUGGACCCCGAUGUAGCAUAUUCUUCAGUGCCCUACGAGAAGGGCUUUGCUUUACUCUUUUACCUUGAACAACUUCUUGGGGGCCCCGAGGUUUUCCUAGGAUUCCUAAAGGCUUAUGUUGAGAAGUUUUCCUACAAGAGCAUAACCACUGAUGACUGGAAGGAUUUCCUGUAUUCCCACUUUAAAGAUAAGGUUGAUCUUCUCAAUCAAGUUGACUGGACCACCUGGCUCUACUCUCCUGGAAUGCCUCCUGUAAAACCCAAUUAUGAUAUGACGCUGACAAAUGCUUGCAUUGCCUUAAGUCAACGGUGGAUGACUGUGAGUACUAACGUGUGAUUUUGACUCCUUUUUG